AUGGCCGCCUCGCGGCCCGGCGUCGGCGAGCACGAGCUGUACGCGCGCGUCGACUUCGGCGCGCGCAUGCGCGGCGCUGAGCGGCUGGCCUACCCGCCCGUGGUGGCCGGAGGGGAGCGCACCAACGUCAUCCACUACACGCACAACAACCGCACGGUGGAGGACGGGCAGCUGGUUCUCAUGGACGCAGGCUGCGAGCUGCACGGCUACUGCAGCGACAUCACGCGGACGUGGCCCGUCAAUGGCACCUUCUCCAGCGACCAGCUGCUCCUCUACACCACUCUGCUGGAGGUGCAGGAGGCGCUGAUUGAGGUGGUAAGGACGUCCCGGCCCACUCUGGACGGCCUGUACGGUCACAUGUUCCGCAUGCUGUCGGAGCGACUGGCCCACCUCGGCCUGGUCGGAUUCAACCGGGAGAAGGGAGAACUGUUCAGGUCGGUGCAGCGCUUCUGCCCACACCACGUGGGCCACUACCUCGGCAUGGACGUGCACGACACCGGCCUCAUGCCCAAGAACCGGCCGCUGCAGCCGGGCAUGGUCAUCACCGUGGAGCCAGGUCUGUACGUCUCGCCUUCGGACACCAACUGCUCGGAGGGCUUCCGCGGCAUGGGCUUCCGCAUCGAGGACGACAUCCUCAUCACGGAGGAAGGCUGCGAAGUGCUCUCGGCCGACUGCCCCAAGACGGUGGAGGCCAUCCAGGCGGCCGUCGGAAGCGGCGCGCACCUGCCAACGUUUUCAGGCGUUUGAUGUCGUUGGCACGGCUACCCGCCAGGGGGCCAACCGGCAGGCGGACACGGAAGGGUAGCUAGCGGGUGGUUGGCCGUAUACAGCGCGUGGUUGGGGUCUGGUCCUCGCGCGUGACGAGCCUGUUAUCUCAGGGCCGGGUGCGGCGCGCGUCGGACCGGUGCGUGGUGUAUCUGUGAGUGCAGCGUGACUCGAAGAGACGGCGCUUAGAGCAUAUGGUGUGCGAACGGACAGUGGAGCGAUAGACGGCGCCCCGUUUUGAAAGUCUGCGGUCUUGCAGGCUCAAGUUAUGCGUGCUGCGACGGUCCUGCUCGUUCUAUUGCUCCCGACGGUCUUCUGACGGUCGGGCGUGGCCUUUGUACUUUUGAUAACCCACCUAAUCAAACGUCUCCUGUUGACUUACUGUUUUAUGCAGUUGCUGACGUACAAAACUAUCGCGGACGUGCCCAUACGAAGGAUGAAUGGGUAUUAUCGCACCGUGAUGGCUGACAUUCGUUGUAUCGGGAAGGGUGUAUAAACCAGAGGCUUUGGUGGAUGUUCUCUCAUUGUAGCUGUGGGUGCAGGGAAGUUGGCCCUGUUCUUAAAAUGCAGGCUGUUUGUUUGAUAAGCCAUAAAUAUACAUGCUAUCGAUUCA